AUGCUUUCAGUUUUGCUAUUCUUAGAAAACCGAAAUAAUGCCAAGACAGUUGGUUUCAACGGUCAGUUGAGCAAAGAACGUCUUCGCAAAUAUGCGUUGAUUCUUUUCUUGUCUAUUUUUUUCUCCUCCACAUUUUGACUAAAUGAUCUUUGAUCCCCAAUUGUAGUUCCUCCUCCUUCCUUCCCUCUUCAAAGGUCCUUACGCACGAGGUGUCGAUUCUCCUUCAAUUUUUCUAUUAAAUGUUGAUAAUUAUGAAGGAAUAUUAGCUUAAUAUUUCUUCAUAAUUAUCAAUAUUUAAAUUUCAAAGCUGAGGACCUCGCAUAAUAAAUUUACUUUCGAAUCAACAGGUUGUGCUGCUUUUGGUAGUGACUUUGGGAUGGAACACAGGGUUCAUUCCGAAGAUUGGAAUGUGCUUCAUCUUGAGCUGUCUAAGCACGCACUGGUCUACCUGUGAUUUGGAUAUGGUCAUAGCUCGAUAAAAAGCAUUUCCAGGCUUACCAAUAAUUGUGGUGGGAGCAGCAGCAAUGGGGAUCCCAUCAGUUAAACAACAAAGGAACUUGAAGGGGUUUUUGAAACUGUUAUCUUCAGUUGCUUGUGAAUGGGUGUUGAUCUUUUUCUUAUUUGUCGAUGCGGUACUGUGGCAUUGGCUUACGAAGUUUGCUCGAUAUUGUGAACUGCAAAUGCCUUGCCUUUUGUGCUCAAGGCUUGAUUAUGUUUUGGGUGAAAAGAACCACGAAUUUUGUAGUGAAACGCUAUGUAGCAGCCACAGAUUGGGUAUCUCAUCUUUGAUUUCUUGUCACAUUCAUGGUAAGCUAGCUGAUGCUGAGGCAAUGUGUGAAGAGUGUCUCUUAUCAUUUGUCACACACGAUAAAUCCAAGUCAGAAUCUCAUAGGCUUCUGAUGGGUAAAUUCGGGUUUGAUAUAGGUCAUUGUGGUUUUCAGAAACCAUUGAAGAACUUUGGUCCUAGUUUUCAAGGCACGAUGCCAUGUUCUUGUUGCAAAAAACCAUGGAGGUCUAGACCAAACAUUCAAAGACUGGUCCAACCAAAACCAUUGGGUCUAGGGGUCACUAAACCUGACAUUCCUUUACCUAGGCCAGUUGGCCAUAAUCGUUUAGACACUAAGGAUGGCUUGAAGCGGAUAAGAGAUAAAAUUUCUGGGUCAUGUGUAUCUAAUCGCCUAGGGAACAAGGGUUUUGACCCCUUGGCCCAUGUAGGAUACAGUCAACUGAAGAUCACUUCAGAUUCUGAGUCCGAGUUUCCAUUUUCUGAUGAUGAUGAUGAUGAUGGAAGUACUGUUGUUUACAAAAAAGAUGAUCCCAAGGAGGAUUUUGCAGCUCAAUGUGCUCAAGAAAUCUUAUCCAGAAAAUUGCAUGUUGAUUUGGCCCCAGUGAGGUUGGCUAAUCAAUUCAAAAGCCCUCCAUCUUUACUUCUAGAUUUGAGUGUACAGUCUGAAGUGACUGAGCCCUCCAAAAUAUUGCCUUCUGAUGUUAAUAUUUGGCAUGGUCUGGGGCAACUUGACUGGCAACAAGCUGAUCAAAAGCCCAAUCCAUCUAUACUAUCUAAUCUGAUCUUGCUAGAUGAUAUUCCCACAUUCUCCAGUGGCAUGAAAGUUCCUGUUGCUGAAUCAAGGGACACUUAUGUAACUAGAUUCCACAAGUUUGGACCUGGCAAUGAAAAUGAAGACAUCGAGUCUACAAAUGUGACUACAGACAAUUCAAAGUUGGAUCAAAUUCUAAACCGAACAACUCAAUCCACGCUUGAUUCAGGUGAUACAUACCAGUUGGCUUUUGGUAAGAGGGGAAAAGAUGCAUUUCAACUUGUACAACAACUAGCAGGGAAGGACUCUUCCGGAGAUAAUGAAGAAUUGAAGCCAGUGACUUCACUAUCAUUUGCUGCACAAGGGAAUAAUAAGCCAGCGGAUGGCUCAAAUCCCAGAGUGCAUGGCUUUGGCAAUGAUGUGCAGAUUUCGGAUGCUUCCAACUCUAGUGGAAUUCAAUUGCUUCAAAGUGCAGACUCAACGGAGCAAAGUGAGUCUCUAUGCGAAUUCCCUGAUGACAGCAACCUCGAUGGAUUUGAAGGAGAAAGUACUACAGAGCAACUAAAGCAAAAGAUUGAUCAUGACCGGAGAUGCAUGAAUGCUUUAUAUAAGGAAUUAGAGGAGGAAAGAAGUGCUGCAGCAAUUGCUGCAAAUGAAGCAAUGGCUAUGAUUACAAAGUUGCAAGAGGAGAAGGCAUCACUCCGUAUGGAGGCCUUGCAGUACUUAAGAAUGAUGGAAGAAGAAGCAGAGUAUGAUGUAGACGCUCUGGAAAAAGCUAAUGAUCUCCUUGCUGAAAAGGAGAAAGAUAUACAAGACCUAGAAGCGGAGCUUGAAUUUUAUCGGAGCCAAUUCUCAGCUGAAUUUUUGGUGGAAAAUUUGCGUGAGGAAACUGGUACUUUGGAGAUGGAAACAAAGGUGAUGGAGAAUACAAGUGUACAAAGCAUUGAAAAAAAUAAUGCCAAUGUAGCUUGUAACUCAGCCACUGCCAAGGAAUCUGAAGGCCACAUGGAAUCCGUUAUUGUGAAGAGUUCAUUGCCAGAAUUUGAAAACGAGAAGUUGUACAUUUCAAAUUCUUUGAAGAGGUUGGAGAAGAAGCUUCAUCAAUACUUGAGUGACCAGACUUCUACCAACAUGCCUGCUAGUGGAAAUGAAGGAUUACAACAUAUUCAAGAAAUCGCUCAUCAGCUGCAAGAGUUGCAGAAAAUCGGAACAUCUUUAUCUGCUUCAGAGCCCACGUCUUGUGUCAUGACAAAGUGAGUUCUUCUUGUGAGAUUUAGCAAUGUUGAGAUUCAUGCAUGGUCUCCAUUUAGGAAGUCCUAUUUUUCCAUUUUAACACGUUUUAAGUAUAAUUUCUCCCUGACACCCACAUAGCAUUUUUCAAUUAAUUGUCUUCCCAGAAGGGAAUUUCAAUAUUUUUAGUCUAGAUUUUGCAGAUCUUGCUUCAGAAUUUUCAGCUUAAUGAGGAAGUCACUGUUUCUAUUGAUAUAUAUAUGUAUGCGGGUGUGUGUGUGUGUGUGUGUGUGUGUGUGUGUAGGGCAUGUAUUGAGUUUGUGGGUUUGGUAGAUGCUAGACAAAGUUGGCAACUGGUGCUGUGUUAGCAACUUGGCAUUACCAAUGAUUUAUUUGCAUCAUUGCAUGGAUUCUACUUC